GGAGAUUGAGAAGAGCCAUUUGAGGAUCAGCUGCCAGAGUCUCUGGGUUUGGAUAGCGGGUCCCUUUCUAGAUCUUAGGGGCAACAGGUACCCGAAGCUGCCGACUCCCUUCUGGACGGUGAAAUUCAUACCAAGGUGUGCCAGGGUGUUGCCAUGUGGCAGGGGAAAGUCGGUUACUUGGCUGGAGUCCUGUUUUUCCAGUUGACAAUUAGCCUGGCAGGUGGCCGCCCUUGCUCUGCCAGGAAUUUUGGGCAUGGCUCACUGGUGUGCGAAUGUGGUGCCUCUUAUUGUGACACAUUAGAGCCUGUCUCCCUUCCUUCCUUGGGCUCUUUCGUCAAGUAUGAAAGCAGCAAGGCUGGGAGGCGCAUGGAGCGCAGCGAAGGAAGCUUGGAUGACGAUCUUGAACAAAGAGCCGGUCUCCAGCUGAAGCUCAAGACGACCCAGAAAUAUCAGAAGAUCAAGGGUUUUGGAGGGGCUCUCACAGACUCUGCGGCUAUCAACAUACUGGCACUGUCGCCAAAGGCCCAGACGAAUCUUCUCAAAUCUUACUUCUCGGAGCAAGGGAUUGAGUACAACUUAAUCCGAGUCCCCAUGGCAAGUUGUGACUUCUCUGUGAGGCUUUACACCUACGACGACAUGGAGGACGAUUUCGAGCUGAAAAAUUUCAGUCUGACUGAGGAGGAUACCAAGAUGAAGAUCCCCAUCCUUCAGCAGGCCCAAGCUGUGGCCCCGAAACCCCUAUCCCUCUACGCCAGCCCUUGGACGUCCCCGGUCUGGAUGAAAACCAAUGGAGCCAUGACGGGCCGUGGGACCCUGAAGGGGAAACCGGGCGACAAGUACCACAAGACCUGGGCCAACUAUUUCAUCAGGUUCUUAGAUGAAUAUGCGAAAUAUAACCUGACUUUCUGGGCAGUGACAGCCGGGAAUGAGCCAACAGCCGGAGACAUCAUCUUCUACCCGUUCCAGUGCCUGGGCUUCUCCCCUGAGCACCAGCGAGACUUCAUCGCCCAAGACUUGGGCCCUACCUUGGCCAACAGCUCCUACAAGGGCAUAGAGCUCAUCAUCCUUGACGACCAGAGAGUCAUGCUUCCUUAUUGGGCCGAAGUGGUUCUCAAGGACCCCAAGGCUUCCCGCUAUGUUAAUGGGAUUGGCAUCCACUGGUAUUUGGAUUUCCUGGCCCCAAUCGACUUGACGCUGCCCAUCACCCACCAUCUUUUCCCCGAAUACUACCUCAUUUCCACCGAAGCCUCCACUGGUUCGUACUUUUGGGAGCCGCGUGUGGUGCUUGGGGGCUGGGACCGUGGCAGCAAAUACAGCCACAGUAUUCUUGCGAACCUGAACAACUAUGUCACGGGCUGGACUGACUGGAACCUGGUGCUGGACAUGGAAGGGGGCCCCAACUGGAGCAGGAACUACGUGGACAGCCCGAUCAUUGUUGACGCGGCCAACGACGUCUUCUACAAGCAGCCGAUGUUCUACCACAUGGCCCAUUUCAGUAAGUUCCUCCCAGAGGGGACCCAGCGCAUUGGCAUCCAGAGCAGCAGAUGGACCGGCUUAGAGUACUCGGCUUUCCUGCGCCCGGACGGUUCGGCAGCUGUUGUGGUCUUGAACAGGUCCCCCAAGGACGUGCCUUUUGGAAUCUCCGAUCCCGGCGUGGGCUACAUCCAGGCAGUGGCGACUGCAGAUUCCAUCCAGACCUACCUGUGGAAGCGGCCCAUGGGAGACGCGGAGCAGCCGGACUCCAGCUAAUCGCAGCCCUCCAAUGCUUUGUUUCCUUGAGAAGGCUUAACGCUGCGGGGUCGAGUGAGGAUCGGGGUCCUGCGGAGGGGUCUACGCAGAAAGACCUGCAUGAACCAGGACGAGAGGGUGGGGAGGGGGUGUCUGCCACCUCCAUGCCCAUCCUGACCAGGAUUGGCACAGUAUAUAUGCUCAGGGUGCCUUGCCUUCCCUUCCCUGUCCACUUCCUCCUGGUUGCUUGACAUUCAUCCCUCAGCAUUCCCCGUGUCCUCCUUAUUGGUUCAGGGUCUUUGUUUCUCAGAUGUUUUCAUAGAAUAAACCAUUUUUUUUUCUAGAAA